UCAUCAUCAUCAUCUGUGUUGUUUUACUAUUCCUCUAUGCAUCAGCUGACGUAAAAAAAACAAGUUUAUUGUAGGGCUACAUGCAUGUGAUCAUUACUGUUAGUAUACGUGUAUGAUGUAGCCAUAUUGAAGGCCUGAACUACUUUCAAAAUAUUUGAUACAGUGCAGUGUGUAAGUGAGUUAGACUACGUGUAGGUCAGGAUCAUGUCUGGAGCACCACCACAGAGUCAGCAGGUCUCGAGACAAGCUGAAGGGCCUGGAAAAUGCACAUCAUUUACCAUUCGUGCAACUGCAGCGGUUGCUGGCAUAAUUUGUGCGAUCACGGGCUGUCUGACUUUCAUCACUUUUUCACCAAUGUGUCUCGUGGCUGGCAUUUAUUUAAUACUGCUUGGGAUUCUGAUUGAGAUGUUUGAAGCUCCUAUCUGUUGUCAGUACUUCAAACUGACUGACAAGAUCAAUACCUGGGGCUCCAACCUCCCAGCUUGGUUCAAAGCUUUAAUGUAUUUUGUCCUACCCAUAUUUGCUAUUAUUAUGUGCCAAGGAAUAUCUGUCAUCAUUGGCGCUCUUGUCGUGAUUGCUGUUGGUCUCAUGUAUGGCAUGGUCUUUAUUGGGAAAAAGGGAGAUGGUGUGAGCCGUGCUAGAGAAGGCCACCAGUUUGAUGCAGUCAACUUAAUGGAGACUGAAGAACACAGUUUUACAAAAGCCAACCCAUGAACUCAACUCCCUAAUGGGUAUUUUGGUGGUUAGUAAACAUUCACAUUGUCUCACUGAUUCAGAUUUGAGUGAAAAAAAAAAACCCAAAAUGGAAACAGGUUAAUUUAAAGGGCCCAUGCAAUGUGAUUUAUUUUACUGAAAUCCUUGAAAUUUGUUUCACACUUAACCUUAAUUUCAAUUUUCGUUUUGCCAUUAUCAAGGGUAUUUUGGUCAGCUUUCUUUGCUUUUAUGCUGAUGCAAAUAUCAUAUUAAAAAGUGUGAUGUCAAUUUCAGGCAGAAACCUCUGUUGCAGCACCACAAGUUGCCAGAAUUAUGGAUAUUUGUCUGUCGUGAAUGUUCUUUUCUUUGGUGAUUCGUUGUAGUGUCAGCACUUUAGCAAACUUCUCACAGAUAUUUUCAAUGAGCAAUUUUAUGGGUGCACAAUCUGAACAGGACACCCCUUAACUGAACAGUGUCUUCCUGAAAUGACAUCACGGCAACAGCGCUCUCAGUUGU